CCACUGAUAUCUGAUAGGCUGUCCAGAAAAAAUGCCGUUUUCGGUAUUGGGCAGACGCCCAGGAGACGGGGCGGGAUUUCGGGGGAGAGGAGGCGGGGCCUCUGGCCUUAGGGCGCGAGCAGUUUAAAGGCGGUUGGUGUCGGUUCCGAUAAGUUCCGAUUCGGCCGUCCCAGCACUUCUCCAUGGCAGACCCCGAGGAGGCGCGGGUUUCUUCGCAGCCCCCGCCACCUUCCUUCUCUCCCUCGUCUUCUGAAGCCUCUUCCACAUCUUCCCCCGGCAUCCCAGUGAGUCUGGACUGGCCAGUUCCGAGCAGGAGCCCAACGGUGGACCGGCUGGAGGAAGUGGAGCUGCAGAUCGGAGACGCAGCAUUUUCAUUGACCAAACUACUUGAAGCCACAUCUGCAGUAUCAGCUCAAGUGGAAGAGCUUGCUUUGAAAUGUACAGAAAAUGCACGUUUCCUGAAAACAUGGCGGGACCUCUUGAAGGAAGGUUACAAUUCUCUGAAGCCUGACAACUGAUUUAGCUGUGGAAUAACUCAUACGUCCUCAUUUAUGAUAUUUUCACAUGUAUCAUAUGUAUAGGAGAAUCCCCAGUAGUUCUGUACACUCAAAAUGGAAUUUUUCUUGGUUCUCUUCACUUUUGUGAAAGCAGAAUACUGAUGUUAUUUUUUAAAUAUAUUUUAUUGACAUUUUUACAUAGAGGAAGAAAGAGGGAUAGAGAGUUAGAAACAUCGA